AUGGCAGAAACUAACUCCGGUAAAAGACUUCGCUUGCUGACAUAUUUAUGCCCAGAGGUGUCUCCAGAUGUCUUCUUUAUUCUCCGAGACUGUAUAGAAGAGGUGACAGGGCUAGAAACCGAUCUCAUUCUUGAAAACCGGAUUUCAGGUCCCCAGCCGAAUCGAACUGACCCUUUUACAGCAAAUCUUGCAGACAUAGUUGCCAUGAACAGUUCUGAUUAUUUGCGUCUGAAAGCUCAGGGACAGAAGCAAAUGGAACUGUGCCCCGCAGCCCCAGUUUACAGGCACCAAAUGGCUCAAGACAGACCAGUUUAUUUUUCUGAAAUUAUCAUUAAUUCUGCCAAUAAAAAGAAGUAUGAAUCUAUCAUGAACCUGAAAGGGUGCAGUUGGGCCUUUAGCAGCGAGGACUCUGUUAGUGGCAACAAGGUAGUGCUCAAGUACUUGAAAAGUACACUCAGGACCAACGCAGCCUUCUUUGGCAAUAUUGUGCCAUCAGGCAGCCAUUUAAACUCCAUACAGAUGGUGAAAGACUUCAGAGUAGAUGCCGCAGCUGUUGACUCCACCGUCUUGGCCAGGUAUGUCAGGGAACAUGAGGAGAGCAGAGACAAAUUUGUUUCCCUCGUGUCUUUAGGGCCACUUCCAAUUCAUCCGCUGCUGUUCAACGGCCAGUUACCACAAGAAUUAAAACAGAGAAUCACUGAAGCUCUACUAGCCAUGUUCAAAUCUCGCUCAUGGGCCUCAAGACUCAACAGCGUUGGCAUCUCCAAGUUUGUGGCUAUAGACUCUAGCCUGUACAACCUGGAAGAAGACAUCACCAUGGGCCUCCAAGGGAUGAGCAUCAACCCCACAUAUUACUGA